UCAUACAUUUAUUGCCACUCUCCAAAAAAACCCAAAACCCUAACUCUUAGUAAUUCGAACGGAGAUUCCAGAAUGGCGUGGAGGCAAAUAAUCAACACAACUACGGCACCCGUUCCAUUUCCGGCAUCGUUCUCUAGAUUCUUCUCCUCUAAGUCAUCAACUCCCUACAUUGUCAAGGUUGGGAUACCAGAGUUUCUCAAUGGUAUAGGGAAAGGGGUGGAAUCCCAUGUGGCCAAGCUUGAAUCUGAGAUCGGUGACUUUCAGAAGCUGCUCGUCACACGCACUCUUAAGCUCAAGAAGCUUGGUAUUCCCUGCAAGCAUAGGAAGCUGAUACUGAAACACACCCACAAAUAUAGACUUGGACUAUGGAGACCGAGAGCUGAACCUGUCAAAACCUGAUAAUUUUGGAAGUGGCUAACUGAAGACACUCCCCCAUUGCAGAAGUGACUGCUGGACAAUUCGAUAUGGAGAUGCGGAAAUCUUGAGUUUGGUUCUAUUAAUAUCUGUAAUCUUGUGUCAACUAUAUUAGAAUUUAAGGGACAAAGGUUACUGGUACCAGAAAUUUCAUGUUAUAAGCAGCGAAAUGAGUUGUUUGAUUACUCAUGAGAAGUUAUGGAAUAAUAUUCGAAAUUUUUCCAGUAAAUAU